GAAACCCAUACAAACAUGAAGGUUCUGCUGAUCGUCGCCUUAGCACUGGUCGCCGUGGCCGCCGCCCGACCCUCCGACGUGAUCGACAUCGAGCAGGACCACAUGGAGCACGAGCAGGAGGGCGAGCCUGGAACGGCCGUGGAGGGCGAGUACUCGUGGGUAGCGCCCGACGGCAACGAGUACGUCGUCAAGUACGUCGCCGACCGCUUCGGUUACCGAGUCGUUGACGACAACGUCCUUCCGGAGUUCCGCGACGCCAAGCCCACCGGCGAAGCAGAGGAGGCUGACGACUAAUGCCACGGCUUUGAUGCUGAAAUAUUUAUCACAUGUAUACUUUAGGUUGUAGUCAAAGGAUGACCUUUGGGGAAAAUCCCUAAAAUAAACAU